GGUUUUGUGGGAACAUUUGGGUGUAGUUUUUCUCCUGUUGUGUAAGGGUGUGUAGCGCAAGUGUAGAAGCAGUUUGGAAACUACAUUUCCCAAAAAAAAAAUAGAAGAAUUUACGACGAUGUCAAGCGCCGAAGGUCACACGCGUGUUUUUGAACACAAGAGCUGCUAAACGAUGAGCAAGAAGUGAACAGUUGAUAAAUGCCGAAAAAAUAAGACUUGAUGCUAAUAGGAAAAUACGUACUCGUGUAAUGCUACAUCUUGUUAAAUGAGGAAGUGUCAGACACAGGUAGCCCGCGAGCCUGUUUUCUUCUCAGUCAGAUUUACUUAAAAACAUCAUCACAUCUGCACCUACUUUCCGCUAUGCUUAGAUGUAUUGUUAGGCUUCAGAGUCAUUUUGGAAAUGCUCUUUCUCUCAGUAAAGUGUGCCCAAGAAAUCAGCACUACAAAUGCGCUGUGAGGUACUCCGCAGCUGCAGCAGAGAGAAAGAGAUUUUAUCAAGAUGUCAGCAUAUCUCAAGGGGAAGGUGGUUUAUAUGAAAUAAACCUAGACCGAAGGAAACUGAAAACACCAGGAGGGAAGCUGUUCACGGUGCCAAAUGAAGCCCUGGCCAUCGGUGUUGCAACUGAGUGGGAUGCUCAAAGGGACACACUCAAGUUCUACACUAUGCAUUUGACUACACUUUGCAACACAGCUCUGGACAAUCCCACCCAACGCAGCAAAGAACAAAUGAUCACUGCUGCUCUAAAGUUUCUGGAGACUGACACUAUCUGUUACAGAGUAGAUGAGCCCCAUGGUUUAGUCGAGCUGCAGAAGAAUGAGUGGGACCCUGUUCUGCAGUGGAUUGAAAAAAGAUAUGAUGUCAAUAUCGGCUCCUCAUCCAGUAUUUUGGGUCCUGACAUUCCAGAGGCAACCAAAGACACAUUACGACAGCAUCUCAAUUCUUACAACUUCUGGUCUCUGACAGGACUUGAAUAUGUGAUCACCCAGCUGAAGUCUAUUGUGUUGGCGCUGGGCAUGAUUGACAGACAUCUGAGCGUGGAGCAGGCUGUGUUGCUCUCCAGACUGGAAGAGGAAUACCAGAUUCGACGCUGGGGUAACGUGGAGUGGGCCCAUGACUACGACAUGUAUGAGCUGAGGGCACGGACUGCUGCUGGUGCCCUUUUUGUUCACCUCUCCUCUGAGAGUUCAACGGUCAAACAUAAACUUCUGCAGGACUGAAAAGGAUUAGGAGCGCCUACUGAGAACGUCUCUACCACCACUAUUAUACACAUCUCUGUAUCCAUACAAAGACCACAUAUUCUGUUUGUUCUGUUUAGCAGUGACAGCUGCUCUGUCAGUGAUCUGUUAUACAGUCAUCGCACUCCAGUAAAAAAUGCUGGCUCUCCUUUUUGCAGUGUUUACGUGUAGCAGCUGCCAAGCGUGACACCCUUCAGAGUUUCCAGUUGGUUCUAAAUCACCCGUGACAUUUUGGACAGCGAUGCAUUGCCUCAAAAGAAUAGUGACAGUUUUGAUUGUCUUUCUGAUGGUGGAGUGAUAAUUCCAUAUUUGGUUUUUCUGUGAGCAAAAAGCUCACUACAGCAAAGCAGAUGUGCUCAUCCUAACUGUAUACUUUUAAGUCUAUACUAACUGCACUAUAUAGCAGCAAUAAUGUGAAAAACAUGAACUUCAUUAAAUUCUGAAUUCAGAUUACAUUUGUGUCAUUAUUUAAUUCCAAUGAAGGAGUAGAACCAUCUCAAGGAGGAUCAGAAGAAAUGGACAGCAUGUGAGUUAAAUAUGAGUGUCACAGCAAUGGGUC